AUUCGCAUUUCCAUAGCGUCCGAUGUCGCUCUGAGUGUUGGUUCCAAUCUCAUAGUCACACGACUAUCUGUACAGAACACGGCGAGAUAGACGGCCCAGGCUAUAUAUAUCACACAGGGGUUUACCAUGACCAAGCGGGUAGUCCCCUUCACGCGUAUGCACAAGACUCUCCCAAAGCUAUUCAUUAUGGCCAAAGAUGCUACCAAGCCACAGGGAGAGGAAGCAGGAGGCGUAUUUGAGCUUCGGGAUGAAGAGAAGAGCAGCGCAACACCUGACAGCACAGCACCAAAAGAGAAGAGUGAUGACGCUCAAAACCAUGAGUCUGAACCCAGGACUGUGCCUCAACUCGGGGUGCGCCGAGCAGAGGCCAUGACUUCAGUUUGGGGCCGCAAACAGCUGCUCGUGCUUUAUAUACUAAUCUGGGUCGUCCAAUUCAUCUCGACCUUUGCCAACGGCGUCGUGACCACCCUCAACCCCUAUGUCACCAGCGCCUUCGCGAGCCACACCAUGACUCCGACGGCACUGAUUGUGGGCGCACUCUGUUCCGGGAUUUUCAAGCUGCCGUCGGCGAAACUGAUGGAUCUGUGGGGAAGACCACAGACAUUGACACUGGUGGUUCUGAUCCAGGUGCUCGGCUUCAUCAUCCUGGCGGCAUGUCGAAACGUGCAGACGUACUUUGCGGGUCAGGUCUUCUACCAGGUCGGAUACCAGGGUAUUGCAUACUCUGUCAUUGUCAUCAUCGCCGACACCUCGACCCUGCGUACUCGAGGGUUCUACCUGGCAGUGGGCACUUCGUCGGUCAUUGCCACCACAUGGGCGUCGGGCCCCGCCGCUCAAUCGAUUCUCGAAACCAUCGGGUUCAGAUGGGGGUUUGGGAUCUGGGCUAUUGUUGUGCCUGUCACUUGCGCUCCGCUUGCGGGGCUGCUGUACUUUUACCAAUACAAGGCCGAGAAACAAGGACUGGUGUCGCCUUCGCCGGUUCAAGAGAGCGACAAUAUGACUCUGGCGCAGAAGGUGAUUUUCUACCUGCGAGAAUUCGACGUGGUGGGAGUGUUGAUGCUCUCGACUGGCUUGUCACUGUUCCUUCUCGGCCUGACAUUGUGGGCGUUCCAAAAACAGCAAUGGAAGUCCCCCAUGAUUAUCUGCUUUUUGAUUUUCGGCGGCUUGCUAGUCAUUGCUUUUGUGCUGUACGAGAGAUAUGUGGCUCCCGUGUCGUUCAUGCCGUGGCCCUUGAUUUGGAACCGCACCAUCUUCUUCACCUGUGUCAUGGCCGCGAGCACAUUCACCGGGUUUUACAUCUGGAACGCCUUCUUUCUCUCGAUGCUGGUGGCUGUCUGGCACCAGAGCACCGCCAACGCGACAUAUAUCACCAACAUUAUGCUGGUGGGGACGUCGGUUGGAGGCAUCGUCGUCGGGCUGGCGCUGAUGGCUGGUGCGAGGCUGAAAUACCUGGCUCUCGGGGUUGGGAUGCCACUGGUCCUUUUGGGAACUGGUCUCCUGUACCACUUCAACGACCCGUCCACUGAGAUCGGAUAUAUCAUCAUGACCCAGAUUUUCAUCUCCUUGGGCAGUGGUGUGGUCGUGCUAAGCGAGCAGCUGACUGUCAUGGCAGUGUCAGACCACCAGCAUUAUACCGCGGUGAUUGCCAUCGAGGGUCUCAUGUCCAGCAUCGGCGCCGCGUUUGGUCUCACGAUCGCCGCGUCGAUUUGGAUUGGAAUAUUCCCGGAGAAGUUGGUCAAGUACAUGCCGCUUCGGGACCUGUUCAGUCUGCCGCAGAUCGUCGGCGACUUGAAUGUGCAGGCAUCGUUUGCCAAAGGAACCCCAGAGAGGAUAGGCAUUGAUCGCUCAUACUGCGAGACACAGGACUAUAUGCUGAUCGCGUCAUUGUGCUUCUUUGGUCUGUCGUGGGUGGCCAUCCUGUUCUGGAGAAAUGUCAACAUGCGCAUUCCGGAACUGACGAAGGGGAAAUUUUAAGUUGCUGGAGGAAGAGCAUCAAGUUCAUGUCUUGGCUCCACUACCCACCAAGCAUUUGGCGGCCACUGAGAAGUGCUGGCUGGGGUAAUACCCGGUUGGAUAAGACGGUAGAGACAUGUUGACCCACCGUUUCAGUCCGGCCAGUUGUGGCCACCCCUUGACACCCUUGACAGCGGCCCAGGAAGCAGGAGGAGGAGAGACAGAGACACGGGUAUUGGUUGGAUGUAAUAGAUAAAGUAGAUUGAGACCACUGAGCAACCCGGGAUAACCAAGGUUGAAAGGCGCCAUGAAUCAUACAUGAUACCCUUUGAC